CGUUUAUGAACAGCGGAAGUUUGGAUUUCUUGGAUAGCUGGGCCGGUUUGGCGAGAGAAUAUACUAUAUUUACAGUGUCUAUUUGGAGGACGCUUGUCUUGGGAGACUUUUGUUGCUGGGCUUUGUCUCAAUUGUGAAGAGUUCUUUCUUCCCUGAAAAUGGAGGAAGGUCGUCCCAGAAAGUUGGUCAAGCUCGACCACGACGACUCGCAACAACCGCCACUACCACAACAGGACACAACGAUGGCGGAGUCGGCUCCUGUGCCGGAACCCUCAACUGCGCCAGUCGAAACCCGCGAUAACGAUGAUGAUACCACCACCACAACAACAGCGAACAAUGGCGCCCCAAGCGACCCGACCGACGAGACGGCCCCGAUGUCCAAGCGCGCCAUGAAGCGCCAGCGUCGCCGGGAACAGUGGGAGGAAGGGCGCGAACAGCGCAAGGUCAAGCGGAAGGAGCGCAUCCAGGCCCGCAAGGAGCGCCGGCGGGCGGAGCUCCAGGUCGCAAAGGACGAGGGCCGCGAGGCGGAGUUCCGCAAGGAGCACGAGCGCACCCCCGCGCGGUUCCGGAAGGGCACCCUGCUGCCCCUGACGCUGAUCCUCGACUGCGGGUUCGACGAGCUGAUGAUCGAGAAGGAGCGCAUCUCGCUGGGCUCGCAGCUGACCCGGUCGUACUCGGACAACAGCCGCGCGCCGUUCCGGUCGCACCUGGUGGUCUCCUCCUUCAACAAGCUGCUGAAGCAGCGGUUCGACACCGUGCUGGCCAAGACGUACGAAAACUGGAAGGGAAUCCGCUUCCUGGAGGAGGACUUCGUCGAGGCCGCGGAGAAGGCCAAGGAGUGGAUGGUCGUGCCGGACGGCGGCCGGUUCGAGGGCGUCUUUGCGGACAAGGCCGACACAAAACCCGAGGACGGCGAGAUUGUCUACUUGAGCAGCGACAGUCCGCAUACCUUGACGGAGCUGAAGCCGUUCAGUACCUACAUCAUCGGCGGACUGGUGGAUAAGAACCGCCACAAGGGGAUUUGCUACAAACAGGCCGUCGAGCGGGGGAUCAAGACGGCCAAGCUGCCGAUCGGCGAAUACAUCCAGAUGGCCUCCCGUCAGGUCUUGGCUACGAACCAUGUGGUGGAGAUCAUGCUGAAGUGGUUGGAGGUGGGCGACUGGGGCAAGGCUUUUAUGGAGGUCAUCCCCCAGCGCAAAGGCGGCACUUUGAAAGAGUCAGUCAGUGAGUCGGGGGAGCCGCAGGAUGGAGAAGAUGAGGCAGAGGAGGAAGAAGAAGAAGAAGAAGAGGGGGAGAAAGAUGCCGAAGAAGAGGCUGAGGCCAUUCAGGAAGCAAAUGCUGUUGCACAAGAGCAGGAGCAGGAGGAACAAAACGAUGCAGUAGAAGCCAAAGAGGGCAAUUAAAUUGGAGCUAGAACCAU